CGCCUGUCCGAGCAACUCGCCUUUUGCGCACCGUGACGAUCUCAUUCAUUAAACUCGUAUAAACAGAACUCCCGGUAACAUGUUGUUGCCUUUUAUCCGGACCACGAAAUUGUGAUAGAAGAGAAUAUGAGGCUCAAUAGCUUACGACUGACUGUAUGAAAGUGGAGUGGGGUGAUGUGGACAAACAUGAUAAGAGGCUGAACAAGUCGGAAUGACACAGGGUUUCCCUACAGCGUCCCUAUUUCUGUUGCUCUUCCUGACUGGAUUUGCUAUGGCUGGUAUCCAUCUCUGGCCUUCAAUGCACAUUGCCUUGAGCAAUGCCAGUGUUUUUGUGGAUUACAGCACUGACAGCAACCUGACUGACCACAAACUGACUGUAUCAUUGAUUGACAUCAACAUGAAUGUUACAGUACUCACCAGGCCUCUUCCCUUUAACCAAUCAGAAGGGUCACUGGAGUUCAACUGCUCCUGCUUCCUGUAUGCAAGUAACUUCAGAUUCAGACUCGAGCAAAUACACAAGGUUGGUGUGUUUAACCAUUCUGCCAUCUGGUGGUGGAGCCCGACUCUGCAUGUGCACUGGCCCACCUUUCACCUGGCCGUGGAUCGUGGCAGCAACAACCGGAGCUCUAAUGAUUUCAGGAUUGGUGUGUACACUAGUGACUACUUCCAUCCUUGUCCUAGUAAAAAAGCCUCAUCUUUAUACCUUGAUGUCAGCUACCUGGAACAAAUGCAGAUAGGGAGGAACACCAUUGACAAGUUGCAGAACCAGAUAAGACGCAAUAUCAAAGUGGUUAGGUCACAGCAUGUGGAGAUGACAUGUGCGUCCCCUCUAACAGAGCAUGGCUUCAUCCAAAUUUCUAUUAAAUCACCCCAUACCCAGCAAGAUAUCAAAUCUUCUGGUCCCCUCUACCUGUCCAGCAUCUUCCCCUACAAACUUCUUGUAGAUAAUAUCUACAAAAGUGGCUGCGAUGGAGCCGUGUCAGUUCAUCGAAUCACUCCACCCUGUACAGUUACAAAUGGAAAAGUUCUGCUUUAUAAGGAGGAGAGUAAGGAGAAGACUGCUUCUUCUCAUCUGGCCUUCAACUUCCUCACGCAAGGGGAGAAUGAGACUGAGUUUAACUGCUCCAUCUUUGAAACUGGCAGGAAUAAGUACUGCUUUCAUUUCACACUCGUCUACAGUCAGGCCAGUUUAACGCACACCUGUGUUAUUGUGCAAAGGAAUACAAGAAUGUGGGGUCCAUGGCAGCCAUGGAGUGGUUGCAGUGUGACAUGUGGUGAAGGGGUUCGAGAGCGUGCACGUGAGUGUCUACUACCCUCGGGUGGUGGAAUGAAGUGCACUGGCAUGGUUAGGGAGCAAUCGCACUGUUCGCUGGAAGACUGCACUGAGGAGCAUUCCCCUCCAUCUGUCACCCAUCCCCCAGCUGUGAGCUCUCCCCUAGCUGGGAAUCUAGUAGUAGUGGCUGGAAUCUCCCUCUGCCUGGCUGUGAUCCUGGCCACCAUCCUAAUUACUGUGUGGAGAAAACUCUGCCGUGCUCCUAAGUGCAGCUCCAUGCGGCGCAGCUCCAUUCACUCUCCCAGUGGCCGAAAGAACUCUGAUGAAGCUUCUAUUUGUGGUCACAGCACGCAGAGACCUAGUUUCUCAGAGAGUUUGCAAGCAGCUCCCCUACAAAAGGGGCUAACCUUGCCUGCCAAGCAAGGGCCUUCAGACAGAGGUGUGCUUGCUCGACAGCAGAGCAUGUCUCUCCCUCUUCCUCAAGCUCCAGAGAGAAUGUCUCCGUCUGGCCAAAAGAUCCUUCCCCCUAUUUUUGGCUAUCGCUUAGCUCAACAGCAGCUCAAAGAGAUGAAGAAGAAGGGGUUAAAAGAGGCCACAAAAGUCUAUCAUGUGUCCCAGAGUCCAGUUGAUGACACCAUGCUGGAAGCCUCAGCUUCAACCCCUGCAGGUCUAACUCCAGUGCCUCAGGAAGUUGACAGCCCAGAGGAAGCCAACAGCAGCCAAUUCCGCAUAAAGUCUCCUUUCCUUGAACCUACGUGGCCUCCAAAAAUCAUGGGUGCUUUGUCGGAUAGGCACAAGCUGGACAUGUUGCUGGGACCCCAAAAGUCUGCGUUCAGUGUCAACGCCCGCCGACUUGAGCGCACAGCAGAUUGGGUGGAGAUGGUAGAGCGCAAUAGAGUGACCUACUCCGAUAAUCCAAAUUUCAGGAGGACUUCAAGCUUCCAUGAGAACAACCAGCAACAGUUGCCUGCAUCUCAACUCUUCCGAGAGAGGAGCAUGACUCAAGUGACUUCUCGAAAUCGAACCUGGGAACAGACACUUCCUGAACUUGAGGUCUGGUCCUGCUCCAAACCUAGUAUAGCUAAUAGCUCGGGUGAUCAUAGGAGGAGGCCAUGGGUGGACACUCCCCCAUCUCAGUCAAACUCAAAAGAUAAUACCUUAGCAGUUCCUAAUUCAGCUCCAAUAACACCCACUAAAGAUCUUCUUGUGAAUCAUCAAAGGUUGGCUCGGAGCCCUUCUUCCGCAAUGGACAGAGCAGAAAGGGCAGAACAGAACUUGAGCAGAAGAGGCCCCUCACCAAUCCAGAGAAACAUCCUAGCCAGGAAGCUACGAGAGGCUAAUUCUACCUCCCAAAGGCAACGCAGUUCCACAUUCUCUACCUCAGAACAGCGCAGGGGGCGCUGUCGCAGCCUUCCUCUCUCUGCGGAUUACAGCAGCUCCCCCUAUAGUCUCACUGAGUCAGAGCAGCACAUGAUGGAUCUUUCUGUAUACUUGGGCGAGGAAGAUGGAGUAGAGGUUCUGAAUAUUCAAAGACUCACUUGAUUGAGCCAGAGUUUUUGGGAGUUUCCCAAACUCUGCUGAUGCAAACACUUCAAAAUAAAUGUCUUUAUGGAAUGAAGCACUUGUUUAUAAUUGUGGGAGUCAGUUUUUAAAAAUGUUGCUCCAUGUGGACAUGCAUAUCAGAUUUGAGAAGAUCUUUGUUGCUUGUUAAUGGGAUGAAUACAUCAAAUGAAAUAUCUUUAUGAUCAGUUUUAUACAGUGUUCCCUUCACGCAUUGCAUUUUUACUAUGAAUUUGAAAAGACUUGUUAAUCUUAUGCAAACCACCCUCCCAGAAAUUAUAUAUUAUUAUCUCAAGAAUAUAACACAAUAUGAAUGCGUAAUAAUUGAAAACAUGUUUUUGAUAACACAAAUGUUUGGAUUUGUUUGUACACUGGACAAUAUGAAAUCGCAGCUGUUGGAAGGAGAGAUGAACAUAUACACCCAGUAAGAGUGAAUCUUCAUUUGUUUUUUCACUGUUGACAACGUAAAAGUAAAAAAUGAAUCAAUAUUGCAUUGUUGAUGUGCUACCUCAGCCAAGACUUGCAGUAUGUUCAGAUGCUUUUUUUAUUAUUUAUAUUUAUAUUUAAACACUGCAUUCAUGCAAAGCUAGAUUAGUACUUAACUAAACAAAAAGUUGCAAUAUUGAAAUUAUUUUACACACUUUAUAAAGGAAAACUAAUAAUGUGUUCAUUAGUUAUGCUAAGAGUCCCUCUGAGAUCCUCCCUUGCUUUUGGCACAUUUGUGGUUUACAGAAAGCUCUAAUAACCACAGUUAUCCAUAUAGUCACUGAAAAGAGCAUACAUGUGUAUAAUAAGAUUAUUUGAUUGGCUACCCUGUGGGUCCUGCUCUACUCCCAUGUAGGUUCAGGGCCGGAGCAUCAUGGUUGUGUGCCUUAGAGAGUACCACAACCCUCUCCAGGUGCUCCAGACCACACUGUUAUCAUGCUUGGCUUUAUACUCUCCACCCCUGUAAAACCUCACAUUAAGAUUGGCAGCAUGACACUUGAAACAUGAAACAAUAACACAGGACAGGGAAUUUACAAACCUGAAAAACAUAAAGUAGUUUACAAACAAUAUAGGACUGGGAGUUUACAAACUAGAUGGGACAGGAAUUCACAAAUAAUAUGAAAAGUAAACUUCUAUGCUAAUGAGUUAAACUGUGCUUAGUGUAAAAAUGUGGCCAUAAAGUAACAACAAAUUGGACCAGGGAACCCUGCUCAGCUGAAAAGACUCACCUGCUACCACUUGCCUCCCCUGCUCUGUAUAGCACAGCUGCCCUGUAGGUAGCGGUCAUGAUCCUUGUCCCGGGUGCUGAAAUGCAUGCCAUUAUGAGAGGCUGACCACUGCUCCACCAUAUUUGCCCCUCCAGACAGAGCAUCUCCUGCUUGCCCACUGUAUAUCCCACAGUGCAGCCUGUACUUAUCCUGAGGAUGGAUGAGGAUAUCAGUUUUGGUACUGGUCUGGGUCUUGGAGUACCUGGUCUGAUUAAAAAAGUUCAGUCAGUAACAAUAUGAAUUUUUGACUCCUUUUAAAUAAAUAAUCUUGGUUGAUGUCACAAAGCUGUACAUACCCAGCGAACAAAGAACGUUCCCCUAACGUUAGCAUUUGGUUCCCUUUUGGUUCUUUUUUUCAGAACAAUUCCUAACGUUCUAGGAACAUUUUCUUUAGGUUCUAUUUUUGUAACCAUAAACUAAUGUUCCCUGAAUAUUGCAGGGAGGUUUUUGUAUGGCAACCUAAUGAGAACCUACACAGAAUGUUCCCUAGUGGUUAUUUUUAGGGUUUAUUUAUAACACCAUAAACUAACCUUCCCAGAUGCAGGGUGGUUUUUGAGGGAUAACCUAAUAAGAACUAUAGAACAUUCUCUAAUCGUUAUAUUUUUUAUUAUUUUUCACCAACCAAGAUUAUUUAUUUAAAAGGAGGCUGCAGUGUCAACAAAUUAUACUGUUACUGACUGAACUUUUUUUUGUUGU